AUGGAGAAUUUGACAUUUUCCUUUGCUCUUUGGAUCAUUUUCUUAAGUAGUUUUACCCUUUCCUUGAAUUCUAUCACCACUGAUAAGCAUGCACUUAUUUCCUUCAAAAAUUCCAUCACUUCCGACCAUUAUGAUAUCUUGAGCACCAAUUGGUCUCAAAACACAUCAGUCUGUGAUUGGAUUGGUGUGUCGUGCGGCCUCAAACACCUCCGUGUCACGUCUCUCAAUCUCUCGGGCUACGACCUUGUUGGAACUGUUUCUCCACAUCUCGGAAACCUUUCGUUUCUCAGAUAUAUGGAUAUCAGUUCCAACAGUUUCACGGGAAUGUUACCCUAUGAACUUUCUAAACUGCGUCGUUUGAAGGUGAUGAAUGUGGGAGCAAAUUCAAUCACCGGAGAAAUACCAACAUGGUUGGGCAGUUUACCUCAACUGGAGGAACUCUAUUUGUUCAACAACACUUUCUUCGGUACAAUUCCUGUGUCUUUGUCCAACAAUUCUAAGCUACAAAUGUUAUACUUGAGCAAUAAUCAGUUGAAUGGGUCCAUACCACAUGCUAUUUUCAAUUUAUCUUCCGUUAUUGAAAUUAGAAUUAGGAACAAUAGCCUAUCAGGUUGUCUUCCAAGUGAUAUGUGCAAUAAUAUGCCCAAUAAUGUCAAAAUAUUGUCACUUUCUUAUAACCGACUUGAAGGGCAGAUUCCGCCAAAUAUAUGGAAAUGCAAACAUCUUGAGGGGUUAUCAUUAUCCUUCAACAAUUUCAGUGGAAACAUCCCGCGUGAAAUUGGAAGAUUGAGCUCUCUUAUAGGAUUGUACUUGGGGUAUAAUAAUGGCUCUCAAGGAGGAAUUCCAGCUGAAAUGGGAAAUCUUUCAAGACUAGAGAUAUUAAGCAUUGCAAGCGCUUCUCUAACAGGAGAAAUUCCAUCUUCAAUAUUCAACAUUUCUUCCUUGACACAGUUGUGUCUAAAUGACAAUAGAUUAUCAGGUUGGCUCCCUAGUGAUAUGUGCAAUAAUAUGCCCAAUAAUGUCAAAAUAUUGUCACUUUCUUAUAACCGACUUGAAGGGCAGAUUCCGCCAAAUAUAUGGAAAUGCAAACAUCUUGAGGGGUUAUCAUUAUCCUUCAACAAUUUCAGUGGAAACAUCCCGCGUGAAAUUGGAAGAUUGAGCUCUCUUAUAGGAUUGUACUUGGGGUAUAAUAAUGGCUCUCAAGGAGGAAUUCCAGCUGAAAUGGGAAAUCUUUCAAGACUAGAGAUAUUAAGCAUUGCAAGCGCUUCUCUAACAGGAGAAAUUCCAUCUUCAAUAUUCAACAUUUCUUCCUUGACACAGUUGUGUCUAAAUGACAAUAGAUUAUCAGGUUGGCUCCCUAGUGAUAUGUGCAAUAAUAUGCCCAAUAAUGUCAAAAUAUUGUCACUUUCUUAUAACCGACUUGAAGGGCAGAUUCCGCCAAAUAUAUGGAAAUGCAAACAUCUUGAGGGGUUAUCAUUAUCCUUCAACAAUUUCAGUGGAAACAUCCCGCGUGAAAUUGGAAGAUUGAGCUCUCUUAUAGGAUUGUACUUGGGGUAUAAUAAUGGCUCUCAAGGAGGAAUUCCAGCUGAAAUGGGAAAUCUUUCAAGACUAGAGAUAUUAAGCAUUGCAAGCGCUUCUCUAACAGGAGAAAUUCCAUCUUCAAUAUUCAACAUUUCUUCCUUGACACAGUUGUGUCUAAAUGACAAUAGAUUAUCAGGUUGGCUCCCUAGUGAUAUGUGCAAUAAUAUGCCCAAUAAUGUCAAAAUAUUGUCACUUUCUUAUAACCGACUUGAAGGGCAGAUUCCGCCAAAUAUAUGGAAAUGCAAACAUCUUGAGGGGUUAUCAUUAUCCUUCAACAAUUUCAGUGGAAACAUCCCGCGUGAAAUUGGAAGAUUGAGCUCUCUUAUAGGAUUGUACUUGGGGUAUAAUAAUGGCUCUCAAGGAGGAAUUCCAGCUGAAAUGGGAAAUCUUUCAAGACUAGAGAUAUUAAGCAUUGCAAGCGCUUCUCUAACAGGAGAAAUUCCAUCUUCAAUAUUCAACAUUUCUUCCUUGACACAGUUGUGUCUAAAUGACAAUAGAUUAUCAGGUUGGCUCCCUAGUGAUAUGUGCAAUAAUAUGCCCAAUAAUGUCAAAAUAUUGUCACUUUCUUAUAACCGACUUGAAGGGCAGAUUCCGCCAAAUAUAUGGAAAUGCAAACAUCUUGAGGGGUUAUCAUUAUCCUUCAACAAUUUCAGUGGAAACAUCCCGCGUGAAAUUGGAAGAUUGAGCUCUCUUAUAGGAUUGUACUUGGGGUAUAAUAAUGGCUCUCAAGGAGGAAUUCCAGCUGAAAUGGGAAAUCUUUCAAGACUAGAGAUAUUAAGCAUUGCAAGCGCUUCUCUAACAGGAGAAAUUCCAUCUUCAAUAUUCAACAUUUCUUCCUUGACACAGUUGUGUCUAAAUGACAAUAGAUUAUCAGGUUGGCUCCCUAGUGAUAUGUGCAAUAAUAUGCCCAAUAAUGUCAAAAUAUUGUCACUUUCUUAUAACCGACUUGAAGGGCAGAUUCCGCCAAAUAUAUGGAAAUGCAAACAUCUUGAGGGGUUAUCAUUAUCCUUCAACAAUUUCAGUGGAAACAUCCCGCGUGAAAUUGGAAGAUUGAGCUCUCUUAUAGGAUUGUACUUGGGGUAUAAUAAUGGCUCUCAAGGAGGAAUUCCAGCUGAAAUGGGAAAUCUUUCAAGACUAGAGAUAUUAAGCAUUGCAAGCGCUUCUCUAACAGGAGAAAUUCCAUCUUCAAUAUUCAACAUUUCUUCCUUGACACAGUUGUGUCUAAAUGACAAUAGAUUAUCAGGUUGGCUCCCUAGUGAUAUGUGCAAUAAUAUGCCCAAUAAUGUCAAAAUAUUGUCACUUUCUUAUAACCGACUUGAAGGGCAGAUUCCGCCAAAUAUAUGGAAAUGCAAACAUCUUGAGGGGUUAUCAUUAUCCUUCAACAAUUUCAGUGGAAACAUCCCGCGUGAAAUUGGAAGAUUGAGCUCUCUUAUAGGAUUGUACUUGGGGUAUAAUAAUGGCUCUCAAGGAGGAAUUCCAGCUGAAAUGGGAAAUCUUUCAAGACUAGAGAUAUUAAGCAUUGCAAGCGCUUCUCUAACAGGAGAAAUUCCAUCUUCAAUAUUCAACAUUUCUUCCUUGACACAGUUGUGUCUAAAUGACAAUAGAUUAUCAGGUUGGCUCCCUAGUGAUAUGUGCAAUAAUAUGCCCAAUAAUGUCAAAAUAUUGUCACUUUCUUAG